AUGGUUGGCGAAGUGAGUACGAUCAUACAAUCGAUGUUAACAUUAUGUACUGAUUCAUUAGAAAAAAUGGGUGUUACACGAAUUCCCCAACCGAGUGUUCACUUCAUUUUAAAUCAAAAAGCAGAUUUAAAUAUUGAAAAUAAUCAAGCAGCUAUUGAUCGAAUUAUUUCCGAUUUGAAAAAAUUUGGUUUAGGUCAAUCAAUUGUUAUUCGAAAAGAAACAUUUCAUACACUUCCAUCUGCAUUUAAGAAAGAAUUUACCUAA